AUGGAGGGUCCUAUGUUCAGUUCAUCGCUAGGUGCCAUGAGAUCCCUUCUUGGGAAGCUCCGUUCCCUGCUGGUCUCUGCAGAGGAUCAGGUGCCAGAGCCAUUGAACUCACAGAAGGACAAGCUCGACCUCCUCAACCAAGAUCUAGAAGAAAUAAACACCUUCCUCACCAAUCUGUCAUGGGUCGAAGCUCCCAACAUGAUGGUGAGGCACUGGAUGAACGAGGUGCGUGAUCUUUCCUACGAUAUUGAGGACUAUAUUGACAAGAGGAUGCAUCCUAGCCCCGAUUCCAGUGAAGAGUCUCGCUCGGAGCCUGCGGUAGAAGAAUUAAGCACUCUUGUGAAGCAGGCAAAGGACACCCUGGAACGACACAACAGGUACGAUCUUGGGCGUUGGGCAUCGAAUCCUAGAUUUGUGAUCCAUGGUGGGCAUGGCCCGGUUCCAAGGCUCAACGGGGACGCCACAGACCUUGUUGGUAUCAAUGAUUCCAAGGCUGAACUUAUCAAGCGGCUUAACAUAGACGCCGAACAGAGGCUAGUAGUAUCCAUACAAGGACCUCCAGGUGUUGGUAAGACUACACUUGCCAAACAAGUGUAUCGUGAAGUGGAAGGACAGUUCGAGUGUCGAGCUUUUGUUCGAGCCUCAAAGAUGCCUGAUACAAGGAGGCUUCUCGGUAACAUCAUCUCCCAAAUCCAGGGUCACCAUCAAAGACCCCCUGAUGGCCUCCCCGUGCAAGAGCUCAUUGACAUCCUAAGAACACAUCUCCAACAAAAGAGGUAUUUCAUUGUAAUAGAUGGUUUGUCGGAAACAACAUCAUGGGAUAUUGUUAUCAGUGCACUUCCAGAGGACACUCAUUGUAGCAGAAUAUUAAUAACUACAGAUACUGAGGAAGUAGCUCUGGAGUGCUGUGAUUAUGGAUCUGAUGCUAUUUUUAAGAUGGAGCCACUUAGUGGAAAUUACUCCAGAGAAUUGUUCUUCAAUAGAGUGUUUGGCUUUGAACAUGAGCUCUCUAAACAAUUGAAGGAAAACUCAGAAGAAAUUUUAAGAACAUGUGGUGGUCUGCCAUUUGCGACCAUUAGCUUAGCUAGCAUUUUAGCUAGCCAACCAGAUAACUUAGAGCUGUGGCAACAUGUCAAAGAAGCAUUAUUUUGCAGAUUCAGAUAUAAUAAUCUUACUUCAGAAGUCAUGCUAAGAGAAAUAGUUGGUCUGAGCUUCAAUAGGCUUCCUCACCAUUUGAAGACAUGCCUACUAUAUCUUAGUAUGUAUCCUGAGGGUUAUACAUUCUUGAAGGCUGACAUGGUGAAACAAUGGAGUGCCGAAGGUUUUAUAAUUGCAGUAGAAGAGAAAAACUGUGAUGAAGUUGCAGAGUGCUAUUUUGAUGAGCUUAUCUACAGGGGACUGAUACAGCCCAAUCAUACCAGUAUCUCAGGUGAGGUGAUUUUAUAUACACUGCACUCCACUGUAUUCGAAGUUAUUAGGACCAUGUCCAAUGAAGAGAACUUCAGCACUAUGAUAGACUACUCUAAUACCAUCUCAGAGCUUUCUGUAAAGGUUCGACGACUAUCUCUCAGAUUCAGUAGUGCCAAAUAUGCAACGAAACCAGAAAGCAUUACACUAUCCCCUGUGCGGUCACUUGUCUUUUAUGGACUUGUUGAAUGCCUCCCUUCGAUUAGGGAGUUUCAGGUACUUCGAGUACUUAUUCUUGAAGUUUGGGGUGACCAAGAGGAGCUAGACCUCAGUGGUAUCGACAGAUUGUUUCAGCUGAGGUAUAUGCGUAUUACAUCUAACAUCACUGUGAAACUACCAGCCAGCAUGAUUGGACUGCCAUAUUUGCAAACACUGGAAAUUUAUGCAAGAAUAACUUCUGUUCCAUCAGAUAUUGUUAGUCUCCCGAGAUUGUUGCACCUCUCUGUACAUGGUGAGAUAAAUCUGUCCAGUGGUAUAGGCCACAGGAGAUCUCUACGCACACUUGAAUCUUUUGACCUCAGCAGUAACUCUGAAGAUAAUAUAUGGAAACUUGGUAAGAUGACAGACCUGCGUGAUCUUCAUGCCACAAGUCCUACAGAAAUGUCUGACCCUCUCAAGAGGAAGUUGAUAGCUUUCGUUUCUUCCCUUGAGAAACUUGGCAACCUAAAAUCUAUAAUUCUUGCACCUGUUCCUUCGUGCACAAGCAUUUACUUGGAUUGCUCAUGGAGCACAUCUUCUCUGUCCGUCUUCCUGCAGAGACUUGAGUUGUUGCCGCCCUUUUGCAUCUUUUCAAGACUCCCCGUAUGGAUUGGACAGCUCCGGAAGCUAAGCAUUUUGAAAAUUGUUCUUAGGGAAUUUACGACAGGUGAUGUUGACAGCAUCGCCAAGUUACAGGAACUCACCAUUCUCUCUCUGUACGUCAGGCAACCAACAGCAGAACAGAUUGUCUUCCAUCGUGCAGCAUUUCCUGUUCUAAAGUUUUUCAAAUUCAGAUGUGGCAUUAUGCGCAUUGCUUUUCAGCCAGAAGCAAUGCCUAGGCUUCGGAGUCUGAAUCUUGAAUUCAAUGCCCACAGUGGAGAGCAAAAUGGUAAUAUGCUUGCCGGCAUUGAACACCUGUUAAACCUCCAAGAGAUCACUGGCCGAAUUGGGGCAGCACCGGAUGCAGAAGAAUCCGACAGAAUAGCUGUGGAAUCUGUGUUCAAGGAUGCCAUUAGCAAGCAUUCAAGACUUAUAAACUUCAACCUACGAAUUGUGGGUUUGUUUGACGAAGAGUGGCAUAAAAAAAGUGAGCUAGACGAGGUAGCUGCAGUUGUUGAAGAAGUGUCGCAAUCCAACGAUGCAAGUUCAACAAGAAAACAAGUCUUCAUCGUGCCGUUCCAGGCGAUGGCGGAUAGGCGGUCGUCGGACGAUGGCUACAACUGGCGCAAGUACAGCCAGAAGGCGGUGAAGGUGGGUGAGUACCCGCGCAGCUACUACAAGUGCACCUUCCCGAUCUGCCCUGCCAAGAAGGAGGUGGAGACGUCGCAGGAUGGCCAGAUCUCCGAGACUGUCUACAAGGGCACGCACAACCACGCGAGGUGGCCGCAGAAGGCGCCGCAGCUGCUGCAGAGCGGCGACGCGUCCCAGCACUCGUUGGGCGGGAUGUCCGAGCACUCGUCCCAGCAGCCCGGCACGCCGAAUCUCACCCUCCCCAUGCCCCAGCGCGAGGCCGCCACCUCCGCCGGGGGUCCCACCCCGCCGAGCGUCCCCGCUCCUGCCGCCGCCGCCGCGCACCGGCAGCAGCCGCCCCCGCUCGCGGAGCUGGAGCGCGUGCGCCGCGUCGGCAGCGGCGCCGGCGGGACGGUGUGGAUGGUGCGGCACCGCGGCACGGGGCGGCUCUACGCGCUCAAGGUGCUCUACGGGAACCACGACAACGCGGUGCGGCGCCAAAUCGCGCGACAGAUCGCCAUCCUCCGCACCGCCGAGCACCCGGCCGUGGUGCGCUGCCACGGCAUGUACGACUGCGGCGGGGAGCUGCAGAUCCUGCUCGAGUACAUGGAUGGCGGCUCCCUCGACGGCCACCGCAUCGCUGCCGAGCCGUUCCUCGCCGACGUCGCGCGCCAGGUCCUGUUCGGGAUCGCCUACCUCCACCGCCGCCACAUCGUGCACCGCGACAUCAAGCCCUCCAACCUCCUCAUCGACUCGGCGCGCCGCGUCAAGAUCGCCGACUUUGGCGUCGGGCGCAUCCUCAACCAGACCAUGGACCCCUCCAGCUCCUCCGUCGGCACCAUCGCCUACAUGAGCCCCGAGCGGAUCAACACCGACCUCAAAGACGGCAGCUACGACGGCUACGCCGGUGACAUCUGGAGCUUCGGCCUCAGCAUUCUCGAGUUGUACCUGGGCAGGUUCCCCUUCGGGGAGAACCUCGGCAAGCAGGGGGACUGGGCCAAGCUCAUGUGCGCCAUCUGCUACUCCGAUCCGCCUGAGCCACCGACCACCGCCUCGCCCGAGUUCAGGGGAUUCAUUAGCUGCUGCCUGCAGAAGAACCCGUCCAAGCGGCCGACGGCCGCGCAGCUACUGCAGCACCCUUUUGUCGCCAGCCCGCAGCCGCAGCCCCUCGCUGCUCCUCCACCGCCAUGA